AUGGCAGACUUUACCAAGCUACCUUCUUUCCCGUCGAAGCCUCGAGUAUUCAUUCUCUCAGACAUUGAAAAUGAGGCUGAUGACCAGGAGUCUCUCGUCCGGUAUUUGCUCUAUGCAAACGAAUUCGACACUCGUGGAAUCUGUGCCGUGACAUCAGCAUGGCUCCCGACUCGAACUGCCCCGGAAUCCAUGCGCAAGAUCGUCGAAGCGUACGGCAAGGUUGUCGGCAAUUUAAACCAUCAUGUUCACCCUGGUGCUCAGUAUCCUCCAGCGGAAGUUUUGAUGGAGCUUGUGACUGCUGGUGCCUCGGUAUACGGAAAAGAAGCACUCUCCCUACCCCUCAGCGAUGGCGCCAAAAUGCUACUCGACAGAAUCGAAGAGUCCAGCGACCCGCUCUGGGUAAUCAGCUGGGGCGGAACAAACGUCCUCGCAGAAGCGCUGCAGCACAUCCGUAAGACCAAACCCGCGGCUGAAGAGGCCGCACUACACUCCCGUCUACGCGUCUACACAAUUUCCGACCAGGACGACACGGGCGAGUGGAUCCGAAACACGUUCCCUGACGUCUUCUACAUCUCCUCCAUUCACGGCUUCGGCGCCUUCGACAUGUCUGCGUGGCAAGGGAUCUCGCACCCCCAUUCCGGCGGCGAUCUGUCGAAGGUGAGUCAGUCGUGGCUACAAACUCAUAUCCAGAGGGGUCCCCUUGGAGAUCUGUACCCGACGCCAGAGCAUAUUAUGGAGGGCGACACCCCUACGUUUCUAUACCUCAUCCAGAACGGUCUGGGACAUCCGGAGCGACCGGACUUUGGGAGCUGGGGAGGGCGGUAUCGGGCGAUUAACGUGGGCAGUGCGCACUAUGCCGACGUCGUUGACAGAGUCGUCGACCAUGAUGGCACCAAAGUCACAAACCAAAAGUCCACAAUCGCCCGGUGGCGGGACCAUUUCCAGAAUGACUUUGUCACGCGCAUGAGCUGGACGCUGACACCUGAUUUCGGCGCCGCAAGACAUCCCCCUGUCCCCGUUGUUGAUGGCCACCCUGGUCCAGGGUUACUGACACGCAGGGUCGUGUCGGGUGAGGUUAUAACGCUGGAUGCGUCAGAGUCCUACGACCCCGAUCACCCGGGGGAUACCUCAAACCUAGAGUUCCAGUGGUACCAAUACCUCGAGCCUACAAUCAGCCAUCCGAUCGGGGUUGAUGGGGUUCCAAACUGCAAUAUUCGGCCCCUUUCGCCGCCCUCCGGAACAGAUGGGGUGUUAUCGAUCAACGACGCCGGCUUUGAGAACGUCGCUCUUGGGUCGAGGGUUGAGAUUACCAUCCCUGAUGCGAAUAAACCUGGUGUCUUUAACUUGCCAGCGCACCAUUGGCUGGCGUAUACGGGCCUCACUGGAAUGGAGUAUCAUAUCAUCCUGCAGGUGUCUCAGAAAGACGCGGAGUUCCCUGUUAGAAGGUACUUGAGGAUUAUUCUAGAUGCUGGACUGUCCUAGAGCUCAAACAAGGCGUGAAGGCCAGGCUACUUGAUAGCAGAUGUGAAAAGCCAUGUAAGUGGAUACUAGGUCUGCC